AUGAAUCAGGCCUCUCUAUACCAGCACGCCAACCAGGUGCAAAGGCACGAUGCCAAGUUGAUUCUGGACGAGUUUGCCUCGACCUUGCAGUGGCGUUCCGAUGGCGAGGACGCCCUCUUGGAUGUGGGCUCGGGAUCCGGAAAUGUGCUCAUGGAUUUCGUGAGGCCCCUGCUCCCCAUCCGGGGCCAGUUGGUGGGCACCGAUAUCUCCAGCCAGAUGGUGGGCUAUGCCAGCAAGCACUAUCAAGGGGAGGAGCGCACCCGGUUCCAGGUUCUGGACAUAGGAUGCGAACGACUGCCCGAGGAGCUGAGUGGCAGGUUCGACCAUGUCACCUCGUUCUACUGCCUCCACUGGGUGCAGAACCUCAAGGGAGCCCUGGCCAAUAUCUACAAUCUCCUGAAACCCGAAGGCGGUGAUGUUCUCCUGGCCUUCCUGGCCUCCAACCCCGUUUACGAGGUCUAUAAGAUCCUCAAAACGAAUGAAAAGUGGUCGUCUUACAUGCAGGAUGUGGAGCAGUUCAUAUCCCCACUGCACCAUAGCUCAGAGCCUGGCGAGGAAUUUAGCCAGCUCCUGGCUGAUGUGGGUUUCAUCCAGCACAAUGUGGAGAUACGAAACGAAGUAUUUGUUUACGAGGGUGUCAGGACGGUGAAAGAUAAUGUGAAAGCCAUUUGCCCCUUUCUGGAGCGCAUGCCUGCAGACUUGCAUGAGGAAUUCCUGGAUGACUUCAUAGACGUUGUUAUAUCCAUGAACUUGCAGCAGGGCGAAAGGAACGAGGAGCAGAAGUUCCUAUCGCCCUAUAAACUGGUUGUGGCCUAUGCUCGCAAGACUCCCGAAUUUGUAAACAAUAUUUUCCUGGAGCCCACCCAUCAAGACUUGGUCAAGGGUAUUAAGUAGUUGUUUUGGUUAUUUUUCUUUGAAAUCAGAGGUAAUUGUUAUAGAGUCUAUUAAUGCCAAAUAAUGUACAUUACUUAAAUAAAUUAAGUACAAACUGUUCCUAGAAAUUGUCAAACAUACAUAUGUAUAUGCAGUACUAAAAAUAAAAUAAUAAAUAAAAAUGAUUUUAGUAAAAGGCCAUUAGAA